UUUAUUACUUAUUUCGGGAAAAAGAUCUCCGGUAUUUUAAAACUUUAAAUUUAGCGACACAUACUUCAUUUCCGAGAUGAUAAAUGCCGAGCUACGAUCAUAACCAUGACGCACUCUAAAUAAACACAAAACCUUCCAAAAAUGAGACAGUUAAGGGGAAGUACUCUCCGCCUACUUAAAGUGGGAUGCUUUUGUUUCAUAGUUUUGAUAAUUGUUUGGUACAUUGCAGUGACGUUUAAGAAAAGAGUGACACCGAUGUAUGCCAACGGGGUAGUUGACGCAACAAUCGGACAUAUUCGAUAUGACUUUUCUACUGGUAUGUUCUCGUUGAUUGAGAACAAGGACAUAUACCUGCAAGGCCUGUUGUCAGAGACACUGAGAUCUACUGCUGCCUUAGAAUGCAGACCCGAUCAAAAUAACCCAAACUACUUAUGUCUGCGAUGGCAUCGAUAUACAGAACUUGAGGUGAAAACUCUUGGUGGAGAUGAUAAAUGUCAUGAAAUUCACUGGAAACCUACCAGUCGUGAUUUUCUGCCACAAGACUGCAUAUCUCUACGGAACGCCAUAUGGUAUGGAGGUGGUGAAUUUUAUCACCAGAAAUGGCCAUUGAUGAAUGUCUCAAUUCCUUUGCAGCCAUACCUUCCAAAUGAUUUGAUGUAUAAAAUGAAAAACAACAAGCCACCAGGCAAUGUCUUUGGAAAUGUUGUAGAGAGAUUUUGGUUCAACUCCAAAGGUGUGGGUAUUGUAGUUGAAAGCUCUGUACCUUUGUUUGUUAGUUUCAAUGCUAGUAACAGUAAUCUCCUGUGCUUCACAACCAAUACUGAUCACCCGCGAUAUCCAACAGGAGGGAACCAUCUACUGAAAUAUACCAUUUGUAAGAAAAAGAAUGUGAAAGAGACUUAUGAAAUGAUGCAGAUGAAGCACUUUGAAUCACCGAAAGACAAACCAAGCCUCGACUUGAUACAAUAUCCGGUUCUGUCUUCCAUACCUCGGUUUCAAAGUAACAUGACACAAGGAGUUCUACUUAAAUUUGUGAAGAAAUUCAAGGAUGACAUGGGGAAAGCUCUGUCUAUCAAGAAACUUUUUUUUGAAUUUGAUGGCAAGUUUUCCUCUGAAUUUGGUAAUUUUGACAUUGAUUCUGAUUUAUUUCCAAAUGCACAUCAGGUAUGCAGUACAAUGAGGGAAUAUGGAUAUCAGGUUCUCAUGUCUAUGACGCCAUUAAUUAGUAAAGACUCAAAUCAUUUCGACACAAAAUCUGAGUUUCUAGUGCAAAAUAAAAAUUCUGAACAGUUAGCUCUUGUGAAAUGGCACUAUGGAAUGGCAGGUGUUGUUGAUGUAACAAAUCCAGAAGCUUCCAAAUGGUUUCACUCCAAAUUAUCAACAAUGAUGAAGGAAUAUGGCAUCGAUGGAUUAAAGCUAUAUGCAUGUGAAAGUAACUACCUACCUCCAAAUCAUCUCAGCCAUGAAUUGCUUGCAAAUCCUGGGGCAUACAUCACACACCUGCUGUCUUUAAUUGGCAAUUUGCAUCAAGAGAAACAACUUUUACAAACAACUUGUGCUUAUAAAUCUCAAAAACAUUCCAUGUAUGUGCAGUUGGGAAGGAAAGAGUCCAAGUGGGAGGCUGAUAAUGGACUUCAGAGUGUGAUCCCUGCAGUCUUGACACUUGGAAUUCUGGGAUACCCAUUUGUUAUCCCUGAUGUGGUCGGGGGGAGUGGUGUUGUCAGUAACACAUCAUCUCCUCCAAGUCGGGAACUUUACAUUAGAUGGCUACAGAUGGCUACAUUCAUGCCUGUACUCAAAUUCUCCUUUGUUCCUUGGGACUAUGAUGCCAAAGUUGUGAACAUUGCCAUGAGUCUUUUGAAAAGAAGGCAGGAAAUCAAGAAACUGUUGAUAAAUGCUGCUAAAGAGGCUGAAACUAAUGGUUCUCCUGUGAUAAGGCCGUUAUGGUGGAUAGACCCCAUAGAUUCCAUCGCCCUCGUAAUUGAUACAGAAUUUAUGGUGGGCAAUGACUUACUUGUGGCCCCCGUCGUAUUCCCGGGGGUGACCAAGAUUGACAUAUAUUUACCUAAAGGUCAGUGGAAGGAUGACCUCAAGGGGAUGGUUCUGGAGGGUAAACGCUGGCUGAGAGACUAUGAGGUCACCUUGGAACAGAUACCAACAUUCAGUAAACACAGGGUCUUAGAAUGAAGAGCGUAUGAGUUUUAAUUGAUGUACAAUUGUUGACCUUGAAUGAAAAGUAUUGUCUGAUGCAUAUAUUUUUAUGAAUGGUAGUAAUUUUUGACUCAUCGUUUCUCGGUAACCAUUGCAUUACCGGUAUUUGUAUGAUUUAUUCAUGUAUGUUUAGACAAUCUUUGUUGAUCAUUAUUGAUCUAAUAGUCUGAAAAUUUGGUAUUAUAUGAUACUAAAAAAUGGUGCACCCUAUUAUAUACAUGUAUUACUAAAAUGUAAAUUAGUUUUCUUAUUUAAUUCUUUUUAUACAUUGUAAAUUCACUCUAUGUUACAGACAAAAUGGGCUGACAUAUUUAACUGCUGAAAGUUAAAAGUCUUCUGACAUCUUUAAUAAUAAUUUCAUUUUGUAUUUAUGAUAAAUUCUUAUAUAACAUAUUUUUAGUUAACAUUACUGUGUGCAUGAAUAGUAAAUGUAGUUUAUUAAAACAGCAUGACAAAAAAAUAGUACCAUAUAUCAAAACUAAAUAUGCAUGGUUAAUUGCCAGGUACCUUUAAGUUAUUUCUUUUUAAUCAAAACAUAUAAAUUUACUAAACUUCUCUCAAAGGGCAAUGUCAAGAUUUCGGUAAAAAAAAAUUAUUACGGGGGAUUUUAAGGUUUACAGUGCUUUGUUAUACACAACCAAAAUUUGAGUGUCUUUCGUUGAGUUAUGAGCAAUUAAGUUAAAGAGCUUGCAAUUCUUUGCUAUGUAAACAAAGCUUUUAUUUAAAUUUUGAAUAUUGAAGUGAAAAUUCCAGUUUUAGACCUAAAAUGCAUGUGCUUAAUGUUAGGAACUAUUUAUUUAUACUUAAAAA